CGGGGUUGCUGGAGCGCCGCCGUGGAGGAGGGGUCUGUAGCGGGUGGCGGCAGGGGGGAGCGGGCGCGGUAGGUGGCGCGAAAUGGGGUGGCGGAAUCGCGCGGCGGUGCUGUGGAUGCUCGCCGUCGCCGUCGACGUCGCUGUGGCUGCUGCGCGGGAUGCUGAUCAAGACGAGCUCCAACGCGCGUUUCCAAUCGUUGAACCAGAUCAUGGCCACACUAAACUCCGCCUUGCAAAAGAAGGUUUGGAGGCAAUUAAAAGAAUCAAAACACCAAUAGCUGCUGUCGCUGUUAUUGGUCCAUAUCGAUCUGGAAAAUCGUUUCUUCUCAACCAGCUUCUCUCACUAACAUGUGAUAAAGGUUUUGGAGUUGGACACAUGCGAGAUACCAAAACAAAAGGUAUAUGGGUCUGGGGUACUCCAAUUGAGUUAGAUGUCGAUGACUCCAAAGUGUCCGUCCUUUACCUGGACACUGAGGGCUUUGAGAGCAUUGGAAAAUCAAAUGUAUAUGAUGAUAGGAUAUUUGCUCUGGCCACUGUUUUAAGUUCUAUCCUUAUAUACAAUCUUCCUGAGACAAUUCGUGAAGCUGAUAUAUCUAGGCUCUCAUUUGCUGUUGAAAUUGCUGAAGAAUUCUAUGGAAGAGUGAAGGGGCAAGAUUUUGCUUUUGAACCAGCAAAACUUCUGUGGUUGAUCCAGAGGGAUUUUCUCCAAGGAAAAUCUGUCCAGCAAAUGGUUGAUGAAGCUCUCCAACGGGUGCCUAACAACAAUGGAGACAAAUAUAUUGAUGAGGUCAACCGAAUCAGAGACUCUUUGGCAUUUAUGGGUGAUAACAGCACUGCUUUUAGCUUGCCCCAGCCUCAUCUUCAAAGAACAAAGCUAUGUGACAUGCAUGAUCAAGAACUGGAUCCACUCUAUAUAGAAAGGAGAGAUCAGUUGAAACACAUUGUUGCUUCCAUGAUAAAACCAAAACUUGUGCAGGGUAGAACUCUAAAUGGACAGGAGUUUGUAUCUUUCCUAACGCAGAUACUUGAGGCAUUGAAUAAAGGUGAAAUUCCAUCAACAGGAUCACUUGUUGAAGUAUUCAAUAAAGCAAUUCUUGAACGUUGCUUAAAGUUGUAUAAUGAAAGAAUGGAAAGAGUGGGUCUACCAUUAUCAGUGGAUAAACUUCAGCUGAUUCACAGUUUGGCAGAAGAUGAAGCUAGAAAGCUCUUUGACAAGCAGCAUUUCGGUAAACAUCAUACUGCCCAGUCUAUCCUCAAGCUUGAUGAAGAGAUGAAAAAGGUCUUCAGUAACUUUGGUUUCGCCAAUGAGUACCAGUCAUCAAAACUGUGUGAAGCAAGGUUUUCAGAGUGUGAAGAUAAAAUGGAACACCUUCAAUCCUUGAAGCUUCCUUCAAUGGCAAAAUUUAAUGCUGGAGUUCUUCAAUGUAACCAGAGUUUUGAAAUAGAGUGUGUUGGGCCUGCCAAGGAAACCUAUGAACGUCGGAUGUCAAAGAUGCUCGCAAGGUCUCGUGCUCUUUUCAUCAAGGAGUACAACAACAAACUAUUCAAUUGGUUGGUGACCUUCUCCUUGGUCAUGAUUGUGAUUGGGCGCUUUGUAGUCAAGUUCUUUCUGCUCGAAGUUGCAGCAUGGGUGAUAUUCAUCUUCUUAGAGACGUACACGAGAUUAUUCUGGUCGUCAGAAUUGCUGUACUACAACCCCAUCUGGCACAUGGUCGUCUCUUCAUGGGAAACUAUCGUGUACAACCCACUUCUUGAUAUUGACAGAUGGGUGAUCCCAAUUGUUGUCAUGCUAUCUUUUUUAGCUGUUUACUGGCGCUGCCUCGGUGUCAGAAAACGAAUAGGAAGAUCAUUGCUUCCUUUGUACAGAGGUUCUUACGGAAACUCCAGUCGCCCAAGAACAGAUUAAUCCUGAAGAUCCAUUGACAAAGAUGGUGAUUAAAGUUGCAAAUCGCUGAACACAUAUGUGACAGAGAUUAGAACGGAGAGGGCAACGGCGUAUCAGAUUCUUUGCCUUUGUAACACGGUGAAUUGAUGGCAAAAGGAUGUUCACCCUGUGCACACGCUGUGAGAAGCUUCUCUUGCAACCCAAGAACGGAAUAUUUAGGCUCAACUUACGUACAGCUCUUACUCUUACUGACCCAUCAAGCAAAGCAAAUGCUAACGUAUGAACGAUAAUCUUUGUUCUAUAUCGAAAGCUUACAGUGAAUAUAAAUUAACCUUCUUUCAGUGUAAAGAUCAUUCUUCGUAUAUUAUGGCACGCAAUGAAUAUAAAUUAACCUUCUUUCAGUGUAAAGAUCAUUCUUUGUAUAUUAUGGCACGCCAGAUUAUGACCACCACACGAUACCAU